GUGUUUAUUGUAGUGGCCAGAGUUUGUAAUAAUUGUAAUCUUCUCAAGGAUAGGAGGAAUACCUUACUGUCCUUAUCUGGAAAGCACAGUAGUUAGCACAUACAGCCACCUCAAAAAGAUUUUUUUUUUAUUUUUUAUUUUCAUUUUAAGUUCUGUGGUACAUGUGCAGGAUGUGCAGGUUUCUUACAUAGGUAAACAUGUGCCAUGGUGGUUUGCUGCACCUAUCAACCCAUCACCUAGGUAUUAAGCCCAGCAUGCAUUAGCUAUUUUUCCUAAUCCUCUCUCUCCUCCCACCCCACCCACUGACAGGCCCAGUGUGUGUUUUUCCCCUCCCUGUGUCCAGGUGUUCUCAUUAUUCAGCUCCCACUUAUAAGUGAGAACAGCAGUGUUUAGUUUUAUGUUCCUGCGUUAGUUUGCUGAGGAUAACGGCUUCCAGCUCCAUCCAUGUCCUUGAAAAGGACAUUAUCUUGUUCCUUUUUAUGGCUGCAUAGUAUUUCGUGUUGUGUAUGUACCACAUUUUCUUUAUCCAGUCUAUUACUGAUGGGCAUUUGAGUUGAUUCCAUAUCUUUGCUAUUGCAAAUAGUGCUGCAAUGAACAUACACAUACAAACAUUACGCAUGCAUCUUUGUAAAAUAAUGAUUGAUAUUCCUUUGCAUAUAUACCUAGUAAUGGGAUUGCUAGGUCAAUUGGUAUUUCUGGUUCUAUGUCUUUGAGGAAUCACCACACCAUCUUCCACAAUGAUUUAACUAGUUUACAUUAUGGAAAGGAAAUAAUAAGCCAUUUUAUCAGAAAGGUUAACUUCUGUUAAGGCCUUAUAUUAUUUACGUAGCUUAAAAUCUGUUGAAGGCUUACUAUAUGUCAGGCACUGCAAAACGCAUUUUAUAAGCUUUAUUUUAUUCAGCCUAACAAUAACUGUAGGGGAUGCAGACAUGCAUUAGGUAUCUAUCCUUACUGAUUUUCUUAUCAGAAGCAACCCAAAUCUCACCUUCCGGCAGGUAGAUCAUUAUAGGCUCUUAGCUACUAUUAAUAAUUAAAUUAUUUUCCUAUGCAGUAGCUGAAUGAAUAGCAGAGACAACUAUAGUUUACAAUCAAGAUUUUUGUCUAAACUUUUAAGAGAAAGUCCAGUUUUAUUAUUUAAAACAUUUUGAAAAAAAUUUAUAACAUUUAUAUAUCAUCUUUCCCUCGAUGCAUAACACUUUUUACAAAAUUCAGUGGUAGAUAAGUGAGGGGUAACUCAAAUCAGAGAAACAGGGGUGCAGACAUGUGAUUAACUUGUCUCAUAUCAUAACUUUUCAAGAUUUCAUUAUCAUUCCACAACACUGCCCUCAGAAAAGAGUUUUCUAAUUACCAUUGAGUGACAAAAUACCAACUAGUGACAGAGGUGUAUAGACGAACUCAAAAGUUAUUGUAGGAGGAUACUGAUAAAAUAUUGGGGAAAAUCACAAAAGACACCAGAAGAUAAUUUAGAGCUCUAUGCCCAAAUCACAUGACUCCAGUAUCUGGCUCUCUUAGCCAGAACAGCGAAUCUUUUACAAUUUACCUCUUGUUGCCAAUAAUUUUCUAUUAUCUUCAAAUAACAAUAGGCUGGAGUAUGAACCUAGUUUAUCAAUACUUUUUUUAAAAACCGACAUUCCUUUCUUAAGGAGUCCAUCCGUUCACCCAUUUUUUUAAAAAGUGUUCCAGGAAGAGGAAUUAAGUUUAUUCCUUUGAAUUCUAGUCUGCAUCCCAGCUUUUAGAACAGGGGAUGCAGAACCAGUUGAUUUACCACAGGCCAAGUCCUGAGUCUCCAGCGAAUCAAGCAAUUAACCAGUCACUUGGCCUUUUUGCAGAAAUACACAAAACGUGUAGACUCGCUUAAUUCCAUCUCCUCCUGGCCUCUUCACACGGAAAUUGGCUGCUCGGGCGAAUGUUGUUUUUCACCGCAGCCAUGUGUCGAAGGGCGAUUAACAUUCGCUCGACAAAACCCUGUCCCGGGCCAUUUGGGAGUUGCACGCGUUCACACCCGGGGCUCAGCCCGGUGCGCCUUCACGCGCAGCCUUUUUGUUUAUGCGGCUAGCAGGGGAGAGGGGAGGCGAGGCAGCGAACCUCUCAAUGUGCAGCAGGCCGCGAGGGCUAUAUAAAGCUCGGGUCUCGGACCCACUGGAACUGGCCAAGAUUGCCCGCGAGCUGGCAGCGGCCUUCAGCCCAGCUCUGCGGAGUCAUGGAGACCGCAGGAGGCGCAGAGGGCACAGAGAGUGGAGCUGCGGCGUGCACGGCCACCGACGGCCCUACGCGGCGCGCGGGCGCGGACUCCGGGUAGGCUUCUCCGCGCUGCUCUGCGCCUCCCAGCUUCCCCCGUCUCUCCCGCCUGCGCCUCCCCAGCUCCUCCCCUCCAACUCUCCAUCCCCCACUCCCCGGUGCCAGCGCUCGGCUUCGGUGGUUUCUCCCGGGUCUGGGCUCACGUCUCCUCUGCGCGCCUUGUGCUCCCCAUCCCGCAGAUACGCAGCCUUCUGGAGACCCUGGGUGGACGCCGAAGGCAAGAAAGAAGAGCAGACGCCGAACCACGCCGCGGAGGCGAUGCCCGAUGGCCCUGGAAUGACCGCAGCCUCAGGAAAGCUUUCCCAAUUCAGGCACCCAGUCAGACUAUUUUGGCCAAAAUCAAAAUGUUAUGAUUACUUAUAUCAAGAAGCAGAAGCUCUUCUGAAAUAUUUUCCAAUUCAAGCCACAAUUUCAUUUUAUGAAGAUUCUGAUAGCGAAGAUGAAAUUGAGGAGCUGACCUGUGAAAAUUAAUCUGAUUAGCUACUUUUGAUUAUAUCCAAAGCUUGUAGGGUUUAAAUUUAGUGUACAAAUGUAUCAUAAUUAUUUUAAACUAAUUUAUUUGUAUAUAAAUUAUUAAUAAAAUGAAAUAUUUUGUAA